AUGCGCUUGGCCUUCAUCGUGGGCAAAGCCUUGGAUUUUUCGGCGCGGCUCUUUGACGAGCCUGCGCUCAUGGUCGACGAGAUGACUCAGCUGGGGCUGAAACACAUCAUGUUUCAGGCACAAUCGCAGUUCUUCCAACCCUGGGUCUCUGCGUUGAUGGCAGAGAUUCAGCAGAUCACAGCGGAUGAAGAGGUGGUCCAGGGCAUGAACUAUGCCUUGUGCGUGAUUGGCAGCAUCAUCGCUCAAGCGGUGGAAACCGGUAGCACUCCAGUCUUGCAGGCGAUUGUGAAUGACGAUGUGAAGGCCCUGAAGUCCGCGUUACGCGCCACACCACGAGCCGAGCGGGCGGAAGCUGUGCUCGGCCGCGCGUAA